AUGAAGAGCCACUGGCCUUUACCUUUGUUUCUUAUAACAUUCUCUUCUGCAUUUCCAAAAGACCUGAAGGUUGAGAAUGAGGAAGACAAGCAGCUGGCUCAGGCAUAUCUCAGCCAGUUCUACUCUCCUGAACUAGAAGGGAGUCAUCUCACUCAAAGCAAGAACAGAAGCCUCCUAGAUGGCAAGAUUCGGGAAAUGCAAGCAUUUUUUGGUUUGACAGUGACGGGGAAACUGGACUCAAGCACUCUUGAGAUCAUGCGGAUGCCCAGGUGCGGGGUACCCGACGUGGGGCAGUACGGCUACACCCUGCCUGGGUGGCGAAAACAUCACCUCACCUACAGAAUAGUGAACUACACUCCGGACAUGGCCCGCGCUGGUGUGGACGAGGCCAUCCACAGAGCUUUAGCGGUGUGGAGCAAGGUCACCCCUCUGACAUUCACCAAGGUCUCCCGGGGCACUGCAGACAUCAUGAUCGCCUUUAGGACUCGGGUCCAUGGCUGGUGUCCCCGGUACUUCGACGGCCCCUUGGGAGUCCUUGGCCAUGCCUUCCCUCCUGGUCUGGGUCUGGGUGGUGACACUCACUUCGAUGAGGAUGAAAAGUGGACGACCACAGAUGAGGCAGGCUUCAACUUGUUCCUUGUCGCUGCUCAUGAGUUUGGUCACUCAUUGGGGCUCUCUCACUCCAAUGAUCAAACAGCAUUGAUGUUCCCGAAUUAUGUCUCCCUGGACCCUAACAGAUAUCCACUUUCUCAGGAUGAUAUCGAUGGAAUCCAAUCCAUCUAUGGUCUACCUAAGGCAACCUCCAAGCCGAGGACACCAACUGUACCCCACGCCUGUGACCCUGAUCUGACCUUUGAUGCCAUUACUACCUUGCGCAGAGAAGUCAUGUUCUUUAAAGGCAGGCACUUAUGGAGGAUCUAUUACGAUAUUGCUGAUGUUGAAUUUGAACCAAUUGCUUCAUUAUGGCCAUUUUUGCCAGCUGAUCUGCACGCGGCAUAUGAGAACCCCAAAGAUAAGAUUCUGGUUUUUAAAGAUGAAAACUUCUGGAUGAUCAGUGAGUACGCUGUCCUGCCAGACUAUCCCAAAUCGAUCUACAGCCUUGGCUUUCCCAGACAUGUGAAAAAAAUCGAUGCGGCCGUCUGUGACCAAAACACAAAGAAAACCUACUUCUUUGUGGGCAUCUGGUGCUGGAGGUAUGAUGAGGUGACCCAAAGGAUGGACAGGGGGUACCCACAGAGAGUGGUGAAAUGCUUCCCAGGAAUCAGUCUCCGCAUCGAUGCUGCUUUCCAGCACAAAGAGUUCUUCUAUUUCUUCCGGGGAUUAAAGCAAUUUGAAUAUGACAUAAAGGCAAGAAAUAUCACCAGAGUGAUGAGAACCAAUUCUUGGUUCAAGUGCAAAGAACCAUUAAAUUCAUCAUUUGAGUUUGGAGUCAAAGAAAAAGCACAUUCAGGAGGCAUAAGGAUAUUGUGUCAUAAAACAAUAAGCUUUCUUAUUUUCAGUGUUGUUCAUCUGUUGAAACAAAUUUAUAGCUCUCAAUAA